AUGCACUGGGCCAUCAUGCGGGAGACCAAGGGCCACUAUGCCGCUUCCUUUGAGGUCGGCAAGCCGCUCUCAGGCGGCGCGGUCGCACUGGUCAGGGCCUCCAAGGCUGAAGGCUUCGCCCCUGGCGACGCCAUCGUGGGCCGCGGCGCCCCUUGGUCGACCUUUGCCGUCCUCGACGCCAAGGUCCUGCAGGGGUUCAAGGUCAUCCCCAAGCAGCUGCUCGGGAAGCUGCCCGUAUCCUACUUCCUGGGCACCCUGGGUGCGCAUUUUAGCCCCACUAUGCAGCACGGCCCCGCCCCGCCCCCGCCCGCUCGGGGCCGCGCGCGCCCGCGGAGAGUGCAUGCAGUGUUGUCCAAGCAAUGA